UAGCAAAACAACCACAGUGACGCUUGCCUGUCUGUCAAUGAGCAUGAUAAAUAUUUUUUGUUCCUUUUAGACAUUUCAGAAACAUCCUCAAAACGCUGAAAGGAUUCCGCUAACAGAGUCACUUUUUCUAGACCAUGCCCAACGACCACGACCAUCCACCGGCGAAAAAAUUCAAGCCGGGGUCUGUUUUCUUCCGUAACGAUAAGAAUAAACCUGGAAUGCUGCUGCCUAGAAAGGGAAAUGCAACCACUCCGAUAGAAGUCCAGAGGAAACAGCUUCCCAUCUACCAGGCGAAACCCCAGCUAAUGAACCAGCUGAGGCAGCUCCACAAUGCUAUCCUCAUAGGAGAGACUGGCUCUGGGAAGACGACUCAGAUCCCUCAGUAUCUGUACGAGGCCGGCAUCGGGCGACAGGGCCUCAUCGCCAUCACUCAGCCCCGUCGAGUGGCAGCCAUAUCUCUGGCAGGAAGGGUGGCCGAGGAGAAGAGGACACAGCUCGGCAAGCUGGUUGGUUACACAGUGCGCUUUGAGGAUGUCACCUCUUCUGAGACUAAGCUGAAGUUCAUGACAGACGGCAUGCUGCUGCGCGAGGCCAUCGGAGACCCCCUGCUGCUGCGCUACACUGUGGUGCUCCUGGACGAGGCUCACGAGCGCACCGUGCACACUGAUGUUCUGUUCGGCGUGGUGAAGGCUGCUCAACGCAGGCGCAGGGAACUAAAUAAGAUUCCCCUGAAGGUCAUAGUGAUGUCAGCCACCAUGGAUGUGGAUUUGUUCUCUGAAUACUUCAACAAGUCUCCCGUACUGUACCUGGAGGGCAGGCAGCAUCCCAUCCAGAUCUACUACACCAAGCAUCCGCAGUCCGACUACCUUCAGGCCGCACUCGUCACCAUCUUCCAGAUCCAUCAGGAAGCUCCUCUGUCUCACGACAUCUUGGUGUUCAUGACGGGUCAGGAGGAGAUCGAGGCGCUGGCUCGGACAUGUCGUGACAUCGCCAAGCAUCUGCCCGAUGGCUGCGGUCCCAUGGUGGUCAUCCCUCUGUAUGCAUCCCUCCCCCCCGCACAGCAGCUCAGGUGCUUCCAGCCAGCUCCCAAGGGGUGCAGGAAGGUCAUCCUCUCUACCAACAUUGCUGAGACGUCAGUCACCAUCUCUGGGAUCAAGUUUGUCAUAGACUCAGGGAUGGUGAAGGCCAAACGCUUCAGUCCUGACAGCGGGCUGGAGGUGCUGGCGGUGCAGCGGGUCUCUAAAGCUCAGGCGUGGCAGCGAGCGGGCCGGGCCGGCAGGGAGGAGUCCGGAUCCUGCUACCGCCUCUACACAGAGAACGAGUUUGACAGCCUCAUCCCCAUGACUGUGCCCGAGAUCCAGAGGUGUAACCUAUCCAGUGUGAUGCUGCAGCUCAUGGCUCUGGGGGUUCCAGAUGUGAUGAAUUUUGAUUUCAUGUCCAAGCCUUCUCCAGAGGCCGUCCGCUCUGCUGUGAAUCAUCUGGAGCUGCUGGGAGCUGUAGAGAGGAAGGAGGGGCAGGUCUUCCUCACUGCUCUUGGAAAGAAGAUGGCCAGCUUCCCUCUGGAGCCCCGAUAUUCCAAGACCAUCCUGCUGUCUCCGGACUACUCCUGCUCUGAUGAGAUUCUGAGCAUCGUAUCUCUGCUGUCGGUGGACACUGUACUGUUUAACCCUCCUGCCAAGCGGGAAGAGGUGCUCGCUGCUCGCAAGAAGUUCUCCUCCAGCGAAGGAGACCACAUAACGCUGCUCAACAUCUACAGAGCCUUCAAGAAAGUCAGCAGCGGUAAUAAGGAGUGGUGUCGGGAGAACUUUGUCAACAGCAGGAACAUGGGUCUGGUGAAAGACGUUCAGGCGCAACUCCGAGAUAUCUGCCUUAAGCUGAAUAUGAAGCUGGGGUCCUGUGGGGCAGAGAUGGGGAAUGUUCGCCGCUGCAUCGCCCGCGGCAUGUUCGUCAAUGCCGCAGAGCUGCAACCUGACGGCAGCUACUUGGCUCUGGACACCCACCAGCCCGUGUCCAUCCACCCCUCCUCCGUCCUCUUCCAGGGCAAGCCGGCAUACGUGGUGUUCAACGAGCUGCUGCACACGUCCCGCUGCUACAUGAGGGACCUGUGUUUGGUGGAUGCAGACUGGCUGCUGGAGGCGGCUCCAGAGUACUUUGGCCGCAAGCUCCACCCCAGCAAGAGCUAACCAGCUGAGAAACAGGACUAAAGUAAAUCUCUAUAAGGACACCUUCACUUUCCUCAGAACACCCAGUGACAACAAAACGAAAAAUGUGUUCCCUUUACAAAGACGAGUUUGGAUUAAGACACUUAUCGAUUGCAAUCACACAGAAUAUGUUCUGUGUAGUUAACUAUCUCUGGAUCUCACUACCUCCCAGUUGGCGACCUUCGUCAUGUGCCACUGCAGCAGAAAUCUGCAAACUGAGGCCUCACAACAACUUUAACUUCCUGUAAAUCAGACCUUCCUGUAGAUCAGAUUGUAUCAACAGUUUAUUUUUUCUGCUAGUAUUACAGCUUGCUUUAGCCACCUGAAACAAGUCUUUUUGAGAUGUCAUGCAUUCAUUCUUCAAACAUGUGCAUGCAUUUGAACAGCACAGGUAACAUCACAUGACACAUCCUUCAAUGUCUGAUGUAAUUGACUAGUUUUUCCUCCUUUCAAAUGUUAUCAGACUCGAUAAAAUACUACUCUCCAUAUAA